CAGAAGACUCCAAUAUUUUUGUCAUUAUAUGCUUGUUAGCUUCCGCAUUCCAACGCUUGGGUGAAAGCUCGUACUCUCGCUCGGUGGUGUUUUCUCUUUCUAUUCGUAAAUUAUGAAUUAUGAUAGUUACAAAAGGGAAUGGGUGGAAGCUUUCACUCCCUGGAAAAGGGAACCAAAGGAAGACCCCGACAACAGCCCUGGUUUUUCGAGUGAUUAUGAGAGUUUCAAUCCGAAGCGACAAAGGUUCUAUUUACAUGCUCAAAAUAAGCACUUAGAUAUUUAUACGAAGAUGGCUGCUUUAAAAGCUUCCACAUCUGUCGUCAGUCUUGAAUCAUAUUCGGGAAAAGAGGAGAUAUUUCAAUGUUCUGGAACCAUUAUAGAAAGUGUUGACACUUCUAGUAUAAUAUUGACCACUGCGAGUCUCCUUAGGUGCUCUAAAGUUAGAAAUUCUAUAGCAGAUGACAUUAAGGUUAUUGUGCACCUAUUUGAUGGAAGAGCAUUUGAUGGUCAUAUUGAGGCGUAUGACUUUCACUACAAUGUUGCUGCUAUAAGGAUUCAAUCAGACUCCCCACUUCCAAUUGCUUCCCUAGCUCAUUUAAAUGAUUCUAUCAUGAUUCGUCCGAGUCAGCUCAGAGUUACGGAAGAGAAGUCAUUUCAACUUCGUCCGCAUUCAAACUCAUUUGAUCUUAUUCCUGGAGAUUCAGUUAUUGCACUUGGUCGUUUCAAUAAGAAGCCGUAUGAUAUCAUGGCUGCCCCUGGUGAAUUCAGCAUUGAUCGCUGCGACUACGACUACUUCGAGUGUAAAGAGCUUUUCAUGGCAACUUGCAGAAUUACAAGAUGUGGUAUUGGCGGCCCACUUAUCAAUCACUAUGGAGAAAUCAUCGGUAUAUGCUUUCAUGAUGUCUCCUCUAUUGCAUUCUUGCCGAUCAAUAUAGCUUCCAUAUGGUGGGAACAUUAUAAGAAAUAUAGGCAACCACGUCGGCCGUGGCUCGGGAUGGAGGUAACUAAUCUCUAUGCAGCUGACUUAGAAAUUCUGGAAAGAAUUAUUUCAAAGUUCCCUGAAGUCAUGGAAGGCAUCAUUGUUGAAGAGGUCAUACUUGGUGGUUCUGCUGAGUUUGCUGGGCUAAAACACAACGAUGUCAUAAUUCAAUUCGGUGGCAGAAAAGUUCGAAGUUUCUUGGAGCUAUUUCAUGACAUGUGGAAGCAUGUGGGAGAAUCAGUGGAGUUAGUUGUGAUAAGAGCGAGUGCUGAUGUUCCUUUGCAUCUUACCAUGGUGGUGGAUGAGGCCACAUCAGAUAAAUUAUACAGCUGGCCACUUUGGGAGGUAUGAUGACGUUCGAGAAGAGUAACAUCUAAGGGUUGCAGGUAGUUGAGUGGCAGAUAAAGUAGUGAGCAGCUUUGCCCCUGAUUGACUUUUGGGAAACACCUCUUGGAACUGUAAAAAAUUUAGGCAUUGCAAUUGGAUGUUCUCCAAGCAUUAAGUAAAAUUAGGAUGGCUAGAUAGAGAGUUCUUAAGUAAAAUUAGGAUGGCUAAGUUUUUUUCUAUGUUUUCUGAAUCACUUUUGGAUAAGAGGAUGCUAGAAAGGUUUUCUUACCCUUACAUGCUAUGGACUUGUCAGCAAAGAAACAUUCUUCUACUACCUCUGUGCUUUGGGCAUUAUGACGUUGAAUUUCUUUGGAUCUCCAUAUGUGAAAAGUUCUCAAUUGCCAAAUUCAGACAAACUAAGUUUGUUA